AUGGAGAAACCUGAAAACCAAUUGAAAGUUGAAGAUGAAGCUUUGAGUUCAAUCCCACAAGUCAAGUUUGAUGACAUGAAGUCAUGGCUUUGGCUUCAGCAAGCAAUUCAUCCAGAACUAGACUAUGACAUUGGUUUGAGAAAAAAAUGGUUUUCUCUUAGGAUUACUCAACACUGGAAAGACAUGUCAAUAAAGAAAUGGAUAAAGGAAAUCAAGCAAAAAAGAAAAGAAAAAGACCGGUUAAAAAGAGCUGAAGUUCAUGCAGCCAUAUCUGUUGCAAGAUUAUCAGCUUCUCUUGCAGCAAUUGCAGCAGAAAAUACAGUUUCUAACACAAUUAACAACUCCAAAGAAAAUGCAGUCGCUGCUGCUGCUGCAUUAAUUGCUAAGCAUUGUGCAACAGUUGCAGAAACCAUUGGUGCACCUCAUGAUCAUUUAGCUUCAGAAAUAAACAAUGCAAUCAUCGCUACCGAUGCCAACAAUCUUCUAACCCUAACAGCUGCUGCAGCAACAUCAUUGAAAGGGGCUGCAACACUUAAAGGAAUUAGACCGCAUGAUUUCGACUUUGGACGGUGUAGAUCUUCAUUAGCCAAAGGUGAAGAACUUAUAGUGCAUGCAAUGGAUGGGAAGUGGAAAAUAAGAUUAGUGUCUGUUGUGUUGAAUAGAGAUGCGAAAGUUAUUCUGAGAAUGAGAAAAACAAGCAUUCUCAUGAGCUUGUCAAAUGCACAUGAAUGUGUUGUGUAUGAUAUGAAAACAGAGAUGGUUGAUGAAGAGGUGAUCAACAAGGAUGAAAAUUCAUUUUAUUGUGUUGAUAUGAGUACAAGUGAUGGCAAGAUUGAACUGAAAAUCAAAGACUAUGUACAGUUUAAGAAAUGGAGCAUGACCAUCAACCAGAUGUUGAUGCUUUCCACAACCUUCAGUGCAUAUGAACUCCAAUUUUACAGGAGUUAA